AUGCUUGCUACUUUGAUUCCCAAACUCUUCUUGCCGACUUAUACCUGGCCCCACCGUAUCCUUCGUCCGACCGCUCUAGUUUCCUCGAUGCCACCAACACCACCACUGACCCAUCGCGUUGUCCGUCGACUGGUCGGAUACUUCCACUCGCUUUUGCGUCAAUUCUCCGUGUACUAUUGCGCAUGGUGCGGUAUCGCAUACGACCACUGGAUCGUGCAGCUCCCCUUCGGACUAAUACUAAAAUGGUCCGAUGGCACGCGACUUGAGGAGGUCACCACUAUGAAGGUCGCACGAUCCGCCGGCUUUCCAAUACCAUUAGUGAUCUCCUACGGGGAGCACCCAAAUGUGCCCAACGCUCCCGUAUCAAUCCUCAUGACGCGAUUGCCGGGAAACCCCCUAGGGACCAUAUACGAACAGCUACACGAAGAAGAACGACAAAGCAUCUUUAAUGAGAUGCAGACAAUUCUCGGGGCAAUGCGUAGAUGGCGUCACCCUUGGGGAUCAGAGCGUAUAUGCUCCAUCGUGGGAACGACUAUCAGGAGCGUGCGUGUGCCAAAUCAUUCGUCGGAAUCAGACUUCAACGGGCAAUUGAUCUCCGCUGCUUCAGAUCACUCUUUUCCAUCGAGAGAUGCAUACGAGCAGAAGCUUGCCUGCGCUAGGAAGAUGCACUCCAUGCACCAUUCCAUUGUGUUCACACAUGGCGACUUGAAGCAUCACAAUAUCAUGAUCCACGAUGGCCACGUGUCAGGGUUCAUCGAUUGGGAGUAUACCACGGCUCUCGGAUUUUGCCCAAAGAACUUUUGGUGGCAUGGGUUUAUCUCGAGGCUGGGAGGGGCGCAGUACAUGGAUGAGAUGGAGUGUGAAAGAGCGCUUACCUCGCUAACGGCAGACUCUUAUUCUUGGUGA